GUGAUACCAUUCCAUUUCUAUGCAGCGGUCGCAACUGUGAUAGUCUUCGUCUGCGCCACUAGAUAUUUCAAUACCAUCGAUCUACCCUUAUCAUGCCCACCCACGACAAAAAGCAAGACAAUGCCCAGACCAAUGAACCGCCCCACCCCCACUACGACCCGCGUCUUGGCGAUGAGGAGUCCGAGGAAACACGCACCGAGCAGCCACAGAGACACGUUCGCAUCCAAGUCCCGACAUGGACCUCGCACCCUGUUCACGACGAGAAGGUGCACCAGUUUCGCGAGAAGCGCCGCGCCUUCUCCGAGCAGCUACGCUCCGUUGGCGCAUUCGUCGUCAAGAAUUUCCCACUCGACCUUCAGUGGAUCCCGAACAACUGGACGUGGUCAAAAUGGAAACCCGUCAUACGCAGCGCAAUUCUCGGCUGGCUCUCCAUCUUGUUCAUGGUUAUUACACGACUGGAGGAGGUAACAGGACAGGCAACGUUCCUUAUCCUAAUCUCUGCCUUCCUUGACCCUCCCCGUGAUCCAUUCAUCGCAGUCCUCGAACGCGAACUUGUUUUCUCUGCGUUCGUCACAAUGGCUUGGGCAUGGAGCUGCCUCGGCAUCUUCCUCGCCAACCUCGCGCGGACGAACACCGACCACAAUGCACCCCUCACCUCCAUCCUGACCGGACAGUACAUCCAGGCUGCGCCGACGGUGAUCAUCGCUGUCUUCAUCUUCUUCGGUGUAGCAUUCUUUCUCUUCGUUAAGGCGAGGCAGGGCCCUGGCCCGUUCCUCUUCCCCUCUGUCUUCGGCUCUAUCUGCAUUGACAUUUCGCUCGUCACCGCUGUCCUCUUUCCCUAUCCCUACUACGAUAUUGGUCGGGCGAUUGUGCUCCCGCUGGUGUUUCACUCCGGCUUGUGCAUUGUCUGCGCCGCAUUCAUCUUUCCCUCCACGAUCACCGCGCAGUACGCCGGUGCCAUAUCGCGCCUCAUGGAUCCACUUGAGAUUGCGCUCAACGAGCACCGCACGGCGCUCAAGACGAGUCCCAGCCAUCCCCAGUUCAUCGAGACGGUGAAGAAGAUCACCGACCUUGUCGGCAAGGCGGAGGGAGGUCUCGUGCCCGCCGCCGCCGCCCUUCGUCUGGUCAAACACGACAUUUUGUGGGGACGUUUCGCGCCGACAGACGUGGGCGGCCUCCAGGAGUUCAUAAGGCGACUCGUUACGCGCGCGAAUGGGCUGGGGACAUUCUUCACGCUGAUCGAACCAACGCGAGAGCGCUUCCCCGUCACUCCGCUUCCGUCAAAGCCAAGCACACCCUCCGGUUCGCGAGUUGUGUCACCAUCCAACUCAAGGCCUGAGACCCCAUUCGCGUCGCGGCCCGCGAGCCCAACGAGGGGAAACUCCACGCCGCCAAGGGGAAACAUCGCGCCGACGAGCUCGUUCCCCCGGUUUGACUCUGUGGUCUCGACUAAUACCCAAACAACCUCCCGAGCGCCCUCUCCCGAACGGGAGGAGCGCGGGCGCGUCCGCCACCGCCACCGCCACCGGAAGCAUCUUUCGAGCGUCUCCUCCUUACGUUUGUCGAUCAGCCAGCACCUGGGCCACCUGGGUAAUCGGCUCAAGCGACACGAGGAGGACACGCAGAGCGAGCGGCUGCACUUUUCCCUUUUGCACCUCGCACACAACCUCUCUUUGCCGCCAGCAUCAUCGAGCGAGACCGCCGUCGCGGUGUUUGAAUCUCAGCGUUACCUCACGCUCGAGGCAACGCGCCUGUCACACCCGGACUCGCCGGAGUUUACGGAGCAUUUCGUCGUAUUGUUGAAUGAGAGCUGCGACGAGCUGCUAGGGGUGUGCGCAGAAACGAUCAGGAGCGUGAAGGGGUGGAUCAUGCGUGUGCGGCAAGGCAGCUUCGCAAUGCCGCGGACGAUCGAGCAGAUGCGCGCCGAGCACCUCGCCCAUUUGACUCAGACUAAGGAGAAUAUCAAGCUGGCGUUGGAGCGGUUCCGUAAUGAUUACAGGCACCGUGUAUUGGAUCCGUACCGUUCCGCGUUUGAUCCAAGUCACGUUCGCUCGCCCGGGGGAUCGACCGAGCCGCCGCCACAUCGCUACCUCUUCCAUUGCUACGUUUACCAAUAUCACUUGAUCCGAUUCGCAUCCAUUAUUAUUGAAAUUCUUGAUGAGAUGAUCCGCCUGGAAGAAAACUACAAAAAAUCGAGGUUAUGGAUGCCGAUGCUGCCCUUUAAGAAGCUGAUUGAUUUGAACGCUUACGAUACGACAGCGCUCGAGCAGAACGACGACGAAGAUCCCGAACGCAUACCUGGCAUCGAGCCAGAAUGGGAGGAAGACCUCGGCAUGGCGUCGCGCAGAAACCCUGACGCGUUGCCUCCUCGCAACCUGUUCGAACAGGUGAUGUCGUGGAUUCACGACCUCAUCCAGGCGUUAGCUGGCGGCAACUCGUUAUUUGCCCUAAAAGCGGGUCUUUUGACGAUUAUACUGUGUAUUCCUAGUUUCCUAAGGCGAUCCGCGGCUUUUGCUUAUGAUGAGCGAUUUGUAUGGGGCAUUUUCAUGGGGCAGCUCACACUGGCGCGCUUCCGCGGAGACACAACCUUCGGGCUUGUCGCGCGUCUCGUCAGUACGUUCCUGGGCAGCGUCGUCGGACUGGUCCUAUGGUACAUUUCCGCCGGCAAGGGCCAUGGCAAUCCGUACGGCUUCGCGGCAACGUUUGGAGUCUGUUUCCCCGCAUUCUACUUCGGACGCCUGUACUGGCCAGGACCGCCAAUGGUCAACGCCAUCUUCUUCGUCACUGUCGCCCUCGUCCUGGGAUUCUCCUGGCAAAAUACUCACUAUCCGCUUAUAUUCCAUUUCUAUGGAUGGUCUCUGGCAUGGCGACGGUUCGUGCUAGUCACAGCGGGCGUCACAGCUGCAUUCCUGUUCUCUUUCCUUCCGCCCUCUACAACGCUUCGCCGCUACCAGCGCACCAUGCUCUCCAGAACGGUUGCCGAGCUGGGUGCAGUCUACUGUUCCAUUGUCUCCUUCGCAAACACUCGUGGACGGCACGAAGUAAACAGAGACGAGAUCGUCCGCGCUCUCGUGGCCAUUCGGAUGAAACUGAAGCGGUCGAUCGUGCUGAGGAACAAUAUCAUUUACGAGUUCUCGCUCAGAGGAAGGUGGCCAUCAAAGCGAUAUCAGCGGAUUCUGGAACUACAGAUUCAAACUGCAUUCCUCCUUGGUCAAUUGAUGUCCGUAGUCGAACAUCUGGACCACGCGUGGUCUCGUGCAUUUCUGCGCAGAACUCGGCUGCUUGACGCGGAUUUCCAGGGUGAUGUCUUGGCCGUCAUUAGCAUGGUUUCGACGGCGUUACGAACAGGUAAUCCGUUACCCCAAAUCACGCCCUGCCCCCUUGUCGACCGCUUCAUGGCCUAUACGCACGGUCUGAACGUUAUUCGGCAAGAGGCUGACGAUGACUAUGGCCUGCCACGAACAAUGACCAUCGAUACUUUGGAAAAUGAACAAUAUCUAACAUUUGCGGUCGGUGUGACCACAGCGUUUGGUAUCAUUCUUCGUUUGGACAAGUUAAUGGUGGCAACAAAGGAACUCGUCGGAGAGCAGUAUCAUAUUCAUGGUAUUGGUGCUCCUGAUCCGAGGGUUUAUAGUACCGACCGUCCUGCCAAGGAUGCGUGAACUUCUAUAUUCGGUUAUUCUUUCUUCUCUUUGCCUUCCUUUGCAUCAUUGUGCCAUCGGGACGGUUUCCGAAAUCAUACCUACAAAUCAGUGGAUCUAUUCGCAUUACAUACUAUAAUACACUGCUCUGGAUCU